UCCAGCGCUCCCGGGAGGCCCCAGUUCCUGCCAGGACACCCGAGCCUGUCCCACCGGGACGCGCGACAGGACGGGGCCUCAGCAGGUCAAGGGUGGGCCAGGCCUGGGGGGCGCUGGUGGGGUGCGGCCCCGGCCCCAGCGCCUGCAGGAGCUGACCCCCCACCCCAUGGGGCUGAGCGCCCAGGACAGGGGACUGCUGCUGCGCCUGUGGGGCAAGCUCCGCGGGUGGGUCCAGAGCCGCGAGGCGUGGGCGCAGAGCCGCGACGAGCAGCUCCUGCUGCAGCAGCAGAGGAUCUGGGAGUCCCCACUCCUUCUAGCUGCCAAGAAGAAUGAUGUCCAGGCACUGACCAAGCUGCUCAAGUAUGAGGCCUGCGAGCUGAACCAACGGGGAGCCCUGGGGGAAACAGCGCUGCACGUGGCCGCCCUCUAUGACAACCUGGAGGUCGCUCUGCUGCUGAUGGAGGCAGCCCCAGAGCUGGUCCGGGAGCCCAUGGUGUCGGAGCUGUAUGAGGGCCAGACUGCACUGCACAUCGCCAUCGUGAACCAGAACGUGAACUUGGCACGAGCCCUGCUCGCUCACGGGGCCAGCGUCUCUGCGAGGGCCACAGGGGUGGCUUUCCGCCGAAGCUCCCGCAACCUCAUCUACUUUGGGGAGCACCCACUGUCCUUUGCUGCCUGCGUGGGCAGCGAGGAGCUCGUGCGGCUGCUCAUUGAGCACGGAGCAGACGUCCGUGCCCAGGACACCCUGGGAAACACCGUGCUGCACAUCCUCACUCUCCAGCCCAACAAGACCUUUGCCUGCCAGAUGUACAACCUACUGCUCUCCUUCGACGGCCGUGGGGGGGACCCCCUGCAGUCCUUGGACCUCGUGCCCAACCACCAGGGCCUCACUCCCUUCAAGCUGGCGGGAAUGGAGGGCAACACCGUGAUGUUCCAGCACCUGAUGCAGCGGCGGAAGCACAUCCAGUGGACCUACGGGCCGCUGACUUCCACCCUGUACGACCUCACGGAGAUCGACUCCUGGGGAGAGGAGCAGUCCCUGCUGGAGCUCAUUGUCACCACCAAGAAGCGGGAGGCACGCCAGAUACUGGACCUGACGCCUGUGAAGGAGCUGGUGAGCCUCAAGUGGAGGCGGUACGGGCGGCCAUACUUCUACUUGCUGGGCGCCAUCUACCUGCUCUACAUCAUCUGUUUCACCAUGUGCUGUGUCUACCGCCCCCUCAAGCCCAGGACCAGCAACCGCACGAGUCCCCGAGACAAUGGCCUCCUUCAGCAAAAGCUGCUCCAGGAGGCCUAUGUGACCCCCAAGGAUAGCGUCCGCCUGAUGGGGGAGCUGGUGACUAUACUUGGAGCCCUGAUCAUCCUGCUCCUGGAGAUCCCGGACAUCUUCAGGGUUGGGGUCACUCGCUUCUUUGGACAUACCUCCCUCGGGGGGCCAUUCCAUAUCCUCAUUGUCACCUACGCCUGCAUGGUGCUGGUCAUCGUGGUCAUGCGGCUCACCAAUACCAACGGGGAGGUGAUUCCCAUGUCCUUCGCCCUGGUGCUGGGCUGGUGCAACGUCAUGUAUUUUGCCCGAGGAUUCCAGAUGAUAGGCCCCUUCACCAUCAUGAUCCAGAAGAUGAUCUUUGGAGACCUGAUGCGCUUCUGCUGGCUCAUGGCUGUGGUCAUCCUGGGCUUUGCCUCAGCCUUCUAUAUCGUCUUCCAGACCGAGGACCCCCACGAGCUGGGCCAUUUCUACAACUACCCCAUGGCUCUAUUCAGUACCUUCGAGCUCUUCCUCACUGUCAUCGAUGGCCCUGCCAACUACGACGUGGACCUGCCCUUCAUGUUCUGCAUCACCUAUGCUGCUUUCGCCAUCAUCGCGACACUGCUCAUGCUCAACCUCCUCAUCGCCAUGAUGGGCGACACUCACUGGCGGGUGGCCCAUGAGCGGGACGAGCUCUGGAGGGCCCAGGUCGUGGACACUACAGUGAUGCUAGAGCGGAAGUUGCCUCGAUGCCUGUGGCCUCGGUCUGGAAUCUGUGGGCGCGAGUAUGGGCUGGGGGACCACUGGUACCUUCGGGUGGAGGACAGGCAGGACCUCAACCGGCAGCGUGUGCAGCGCUAUGCGCAGGCCUUCCAAAACCUGGACAACGACAACCUGGACGGCAACUCGGUGCAGAAGCUGCGGCUUGGCCAAACCUUCGGCCAGCACCUGCCUGUCCCCACGCCCUCGGUGUCUCGGAGCACCUCCCGGAGCAGCACCAACUGGGAGAGGCUGCGGCAAGGGGCCUUGCGGAGGGAGCUGCGGGGUGUGGUCAACAAGGGGCUGGAGGUGGACCAGGACAGUUGGGAGUACCAGAUCUAAGCGCCUGCCUGCCUCCUGGGGGCAGAGAAAACUGGAGUCUGCCCGGGGCCAGGGGCGGGGGAGCGAAUGAGCCUGAGGAUGCAGCAGACGGCCCGUGCUCCAGGCCUCCGGUGCCCUUGCUCGGGGCGGGAGGGAACCAAGGAGGAUCCAGGUGCACCCAGCACAGCUGGCCCAAGGUGGGCACUAGCCUGCUGCCGCCCUCCCCUCCCCUAGGACCACUGCACUAUCGAGCAAGCACUUUAAGGACAGGUGCGCUGUCUCAAGCCCGGCCCCAUCUCUGCCUGAUAAGUGGGAGGGGACCACCCUCCCCAUGGUGCUCUAGACAGUAGGGGGCACUGGGCUGUGGACAGGUGUGUUAGGGAGACAGGUGUCACUCUGGACGGGGUAAAGUCAGGGGCAGUCUUGCCCCUCCACCUUCCAAUAAAGUCAUGCCUGCUCCCGCCCGGCCCCUCAUCCAUCUCU